GCAAACGAAGUUUCUGGACAUCAUCUGUGAGUGUAUGUAUGUAGUAAUAAGUUUUUGUGUAUUGAUUUUAUGAUAUUUGUUACUGAUUCAAAUAUCACCUUUUAGUCUCUUGUGGGUUUCAGUUUAUUAGCUGUAUUGCUUAAAGUGAAAUUCUUUUCUAAGGCCAAUUCACUGGUAGAUACCUUAUGAUUUGAUAAAAUUUCAAGGUGUAAUUUAUUCUACAAAGAAGGUCAUUUCUGCAAGGUUUUUAAGUUUAGUGUAUAAAUUACGUACUAUUGCUCCGUUUGGGGAAUGAGGUAGGAAUGGAACGAAGAAUCAUUCGAAGAUACAAGUAAGCAGACAUGGAAGGAAGUAUGAACGAAAAUUUGCUGAGAAAAGUUCAAACAGCAACAGAUGUUGAGGAGAAAGUGACACUUAAAGACAGAAUAUGGAUCGAGACCAAGAAGAUGUGGAUUGUGGCUGGUCCUGCCAUAUUCACGAGAUUUUCAACAGCUGGAGUUACCGUCAUUAGCCUAGCUUUCAUUGGCCACAUUGGAUCCACAGAGCUUGCUGCCUAUGCUCUGGUGUCGACUGUUUUGUUAAGAUUUGCAAAUGGCAUACUGGUGGGCAUGGCUAGUGCAUUGGAAACACUAUGUGGCCAAUCAUAUGGUGCCAAUCAAUAUGAUAUGCUUGGUGUAUAUCUUCAAAGAUCAUGGCUUAUCCUGUUCUUAUGCUCAGUUGCCCUAUUACCAGUAUUUAUCUUCACAACACCAAUUUUAAUAGCUCUGGGACAAGAUGAAAUAAUUGCGGAAGUGGCAGGAACCAUUUCACUCUGGUUGAUCCCUGUGAUAUUUUCCUAUGCUGUAUCUUAUACCUGUCAAAUGUUCCUCCAAGCACAGAGCAAGAAUAUGAUUAUCGCAUACUUGGCAUUACUUUCACUGGCGACCCAUGUUUUCCUCUCGUGGUUUUUAAUUGUAAAAUACAAUUUUGGACUUAGUGGUGCCAUGAUUUCUACAAUUUUGGCAUUUUGGAUUCCGAAUAUAGGUCAACUAGUUUAUCUUUUUGGUGGGUGGUGCCCAGAUACUUGGAAAGGAUUUUCAAUGUUGGCCUUUAAGGAUCUCUGGCCUAUUAUCAAGCUUUCUUUGUCAUCUGGGGUUAUGCUCUGCCUUGAACUCUGGUACAGCACAAUACUAAUUCUUUUAACAGGAAACAUGAAGAAUGCGGAGGUUGCCAUUGAUGCUCUUUCUAUUUGCCUUAAUAUUAAUGGUUGGGAAAUGAUGAUAGCUCUUGGUUUCCUGGCUGCAGCAAGUGUACGAGUCUCAAAUGAGCUUGGAAGAGGAAGCUCCGAAGCUGCAAAGUUCGCCAUCUGGCAGAUAGUGCUGACAUCAUCUGCAAUUGGAUUUUUACUGUUUCUUUUUUUCUUGUUCUUUCGGGGACGGUUGGCUUACAUAUUUACAGAGAGUAUUGACGUUGCUGCUGCAGUUGCUGAUCUGUCACCUCUACUGGCUUGCUCUAUACUGCUGAAUAGCAUACAACCAGUUCUUUCGGGUGUCGCUGUUGGGGCUGGUUGGCAAAGCACUGUAGCAUAUGUGAACAUUGCAUGCUAUUACUUGAUCGGAAUUCCAGUUGGGGUCGUGCUUGGUUAUGUUCUUGACUUGCAAGUUAAAGGUGUUUGGAUUGGGAUGCUGUUCGGCACACUCAUUCAAACUAUUGCUCUUAUGAUAAUUACUUGCAAGACAGACUGGGAGAAACAGGUAUCGGUUGCUAAACAACGUGUUAACAACUGGUCUGUUGACUCUAGCCAACAACCUAAUGCAGACGAGCAAAAUGCAUGAAACUGGAAGGUUUUACUUAUUAAUUGUAUUGCUGGGAGAGUUCCCAGCUGAGAUGCACACUGAUUUGAUUUAAAAGUAGCAGUGUCAAUCACAACAUGGUAGGGUGCAUUUUUUUUACAGAUGAAACAGUUUUAAUGUGGAGUUUUAAGAUACAGAUGAAGUGAAGUUUAAAUGGGCGAUGAUAUUUUGUUUGAACA